ACGUAGAUCGCCGCUGCGGGCCAUCUUGACGAGUCGCGAUCAGCUUCUUCGCUUGGUUUCCACUCUGCUCUCUCAUCGAUCGAUCGAUCUUCGACGUCUCGCGACGUUUCCGUUUCCGCGUGCCCUCGUCAGCAAGAUGCAGCGCGGAUUUACGGUGUUGGCCGUCCUCGCGAUGACGGUCACUUCGGCCGUCAUCGCCUCGGAACAAGUGUUCACAAUGUGCAUCCCAGAGAAGUACUCGAAAGAGUGCGAAAAAAUGAUGGAGGACUCGGCCAGCCAUGGCUACCCUAUAGCGUGCAUCUCCGGGCGUGACCGAUACGACUGUAUCGAAAGGAUCGGCAGGAAGGAGGCGGACAUCGUCGCCGUCGAUCCUGAGGACAUGUACCUCGCGGCGAAGAACAAGCUGGCCGAGAAGGCCGGCUACAACGUUGUCGAGCAGGUGAGGACGAAGGAGGAGCCCGAAGCGAUAUAUCGUUACGAGGCGGUAGCGGUGGUGCACAAGGACCUGGACAUCAACAACGUCCAAGGCCUGAGGGGCCUCAAGUCCUGCCACACCGGCGUAGGCCGCAACGUCGGCUACAAAAUUCCCAUUACGAAGCUCACCGCGAUGGGCGUGCUGACCGAUGUCAACAACCCGGAAUAUUCCGCUCGCGAGAAUGAGCUUCGCGCUCUGAGCACGCUCUUCGACAAAGGCUGCUUGGUCGGCACGUGGUCACCCGAUCCCGCGAUCAAUCAGAGGCUCAAGGAGACAUACAGCAAUAUGUGCGCUCUUUGCGAGAAACCAGACGUGUGCGAUUAUCCAGACAAAUACUCCGGAUAUGAGGGCGCUUUGCGUUGCCUCGCUCACAACGGCGGCCAGGUCGCCUGGACGAAGGUUAUCUACGUGAAACGUUUCUUCGGUCUGCCUGUCGGAGUGACACCAGCGGUACCGACCUCUGAGAAUCCGGCUGAUUUCCGAUACUUCUGUUCUGACGGCAGCAAAGUGCCCAUCGACGCCGACACGAAGCCGUGCACGUGGGCCGCUCGACCGUGGCAAGGAUACAUGACCAACGGAGACGACGCCAACAAUGUGCAAGCUAUUCAGAAGGAAUUGACACAGCUGGGCCAGCUGGGUGAGAACGAGAAGGCAGAUUGGUGGAAGGACCUCAUGCUGCUCGACGAGAAGACCUUGGCUGUCGCCGCGCCGCCGGUGUCGCCGGAAGAGCACCUGAAGAGCGCGAAAUACAUGGACGUGAUCGAGAGGAAUUCCGGAGCGCCCGAGAGGGACGCCCGCUGGUGCGUCUCGGACGCGAACGCGCUGGACAAGUGUCGGAAUCUCGCUAGGGCCGCGUUUUCCAGAGACGCCCGACCUAGGUUCGACUGCAUCCUGGAGAAGGAUCAGGCUGCUUGCUUGAAGGCCGUGAGGGAUAACGGAGCGGACAUAACCGUGAUCGAUGGCAGCUCGGUGAAGCAGGCGAUCAGCGAGUACAACGUGAAACCGAUCGUCGCGGAAACUUACGGUGCCGGUUCGACCAAGCUCGGUGAAAGAGCGGCAGUGGCUGUCGUCAAGAGCGGGUCGUCCAUUAAUGGAUUAGGCGAUCUUAAAGACAAGAAGUCCUGCCGCAGCGGCUACGUGGGCGACUUUGCCGGAUCCACCGCACCGGCUCGUGUCCUUAAGCAGAAGAGCCUCAUCAGCGAGCCGAACGAGUUAGAGAGUUUCUUCUCUGCGUCUUGCGCACCUGGUGCACCCGCCGACUCGAAGUCCUGCGAAUUGUGCGUCGGCAAUGCCUUGUCCGACGACGAGAAAGUGAGGCAAGCCACAAAGUGCAGGCCGACGAGCGCCGAGUAUUACAAUGGCGGACUAGGAGCGCUCAGGUGUCUGAAGGACGGCAAAGGAGACGUCGCGUUCUUGCCCUUGACGGCUUUGCAGCAGCUCGAUGACGAGAAACACGGCGCUGGCAAACGCGAAGAUUACGUAUUACUUUGCCCCGAGGGUGGCCGGAUGUCCAUCAACGAAUGGGAGCGCUGCAACCUGGGAUUGGAAGCGCCGAGAGUGAUCGUCAGCUCGGCCGGGAAAAGUCCAAACGCUCUGGAGGAACUGAAACACGGCAUCUUGGCCGCCAGCACCCUGUACUCCAAGCAUCCGGACCUCCUGCGUCUGUUUGGCGCCUGGGAUGACAAGCGCAACGUACUCUUCAAGGAUGACGUUAAGGAACUGAUGUCCAUCGACAACACGUGGGACAAGUGGGACGCCUGGGCGGCCCAGGAUGGUUCCAGCAAUCAUUAAAAGACGAGGCGCGCACUUUUAUGUACAUUGUGUUACAUGUGAUAUUACUCCUCUUGUUGCUGAGAAAUAAUCAAUGUUGAGUGGUACUUCGGUGGCAGGGGUAUACUUGUAAAAAAAACGUCGCAUGAAUAAACCGCUGUCAUCGUCGGCAAUCACGCUUAUGUUUGUACGCUGGCAAGUGUAACGUUGCCGUGA